AUGUACUUCCGCUGUGGGCUAACUUUGCUAUACAAGAGCUUGUAUACACCCAUCGGAAGGACCCCUCAGCCCAUCUGGGGUUCUCUCUCCAGAAGUCUGGUACUGAGUCCACAGAGGAGAAUUCCAGAGUUCAAUAGCUUUGUUGCACGGACCAACACAUGUGGGGAGUUGCGUUCCUCUCACUUAGGCCAAGAAGUCACCCUUUGUGGAUGGAUUCAGUACCGACGGCAAAACAUGUUCCUGGUCCUGAGAGACUUCCAUGGGCUUGUUCAAGUUAUCAUUCCCCAGGAGGAGUCGGCUGCUUCUGUGAAGAAGAUUUUAUGUGAAGCCCCUGUGGAAUCUGUGGUGCAAGUGUCUGGAACUGUCAUUUCCCGACCUCCAGGACAAGAGAAUCCAAAAAUGCCAACGGGUGAGAUUGAAAUCGAAGUUAAAGCAGCUGAGCUUCUGAAUUCCUGCAAGAAGCUGCCCUUUGAAAUUAAGGACUUUGUGAAGAAAACGGAGGCUCUUCGUUUGCGGUAUCGCUACCUAGACUUGCGUAGUUCCCAAAUGCAGUAUAACCUGAGACUGAGGUCCCAGAUGGUCAUGAAAAUGCGGGAAUACCUCUGUAAUCUGCAUGGGUUUGUGGAUAUAGAAACACCAACAUUGUUUAAAAAGACUCCAGGGGGUGCAAAAGAGUUUGUGGUACCAUCAAGGGAACCUGGAAAGUUUUAUUCUCUCCCUCAGAGUCCUCAACAGUUUAAACAGCUUCUAAUGGUUGGUGGUUUAGACAGAUAUUUUCAGGUUGCCCGAUGUUAUCGAGAUGAAGGUUCAAGACCAGACAGACAGCCUGAGUUUACUCAGAUUGACAUAGAGAUGUCUUUUGUGGACCAAACUGGGAUCCAGAGUCUAAUUGAGGGUCUGCUCCAGUAUUCCUGGCCCAAGGACAAAGAUCCUGUAGUUGUUCCAUUCCCUUCUAUGACUUUUGCUGAGGCGUUAUCCACUUACGGGACUGAUAAACCUGAUACUCGCUUUGGGAUGAAGAUUGUAGAUAUUAGUGAUGUGUUCAGAAACACAAAGAUUGGAUUUCUUCAAGAUGUACUUAAUAAGCCCCAAGGAACCAUCAAAGCCAUAUGUAUCCCUGAAGGAGCAAAGUACUUACAAAGGAAAGACAUUGAGACCAUUAGAAAAUUUGCAACUGAACAAUUUAAUCAGGAAGUCUUACCUGUUUUCCUGAAAGCCAAUAGAAACUGGAAUUCUCCAGUUGCUAAAUCCAUAAUGGAGGAGCAAAGAUUGGGACUAAUCAGACUACUGGAAAUUCAAGAGGAAGAUGUGGUUCUCUUAACUGCCGGAGAGCACAAGGAAACGUGCUCUUUAUUGGGAAAAUUACGACUGGAAUGUGCUGACCUUCUGGAAGCAAGAGGAGUGGUGCUCCGUGAUCCAGCUCUGUUCUCUUUUCUUUGGGUGGUAGAUUUCCCACUCUUCCUUCCCAAGGAGGAAAAUCCUGGAGAGCUGGAAUCAGCCCACCACCCUUUUACUGCUCCCCACCCCAGUGACAUCCACCUCUUAUACACUGAGCCUGAAAAGGUCCGUAGCCAACACUAUGACUUGGUUUUAAAUGGCAGUGAGAUAGGAGGUGGUUCUAUCCGAAUUCACAAUGCAGAGCUACAGCAUUAUGUCCUGGCAACAUUACUAAAGGAAGAUGUGAAAUUGCUCUCCCAUCUGCUCCAAGCUUUAGAUUAUGGAGCACCCCCUCAUGGAGGAAUCGCCUUAGGGUUAGACAGACUGAUAUGCCUUAUCACUGGAGCAGCAAGCAUCAGAGAUGUCAUAGCCUUCCCAAAGUCCUUCCAGGGACACGACCUCAUGAGCAAUGUCCCAGAUUACAUCCCUCCUGAAGAACUGAAGCCCUAUCAUAUCCAGGUCUCCAGGCCAGCAGACUCAGAAGCAGAAAAGAGCUUACUGAAUCAUCCACCCCAUCCAGAAACCUGAGCUUUUGAAUUCUGUCCUCCUUGCUUCCCUGGGGCUCAGAUUAGAUAGUGAGAAGCACUGUGAUCUGCCUCAGAUCGGACAAUCAGGUCUUUAAAUGGAAGGCAUCCAGACAACGUGAAGAAAUGAAGAAAACAGACAGAAUGUAGAUACAGAUAGAAGAUGUCCAAUUUUGACUUGAUAACACACACCGUUAGAGUUUUUUUUUUUUUUUUGGACUUUUUUGAAGUUUCUUUUUACUAGGAGAGGUGUAAAAGAUGGUCUUUGUUGGAGUAAUAUAAUGGCUUAGUGUUUUCUAAUCAUGUCUUUCACACCCGAGUAGUAGAUUGUUCACUUAGCCAGAGGUAAUCAAAUCAUGUGUGAAAUGUGGGAGAAUGCUUGCCUUUAGAUUGGUCAAGGAGCUCUGGUGGCACACUGGUUAAACACUCAGCUGCUAACCAGAAGGUUGUUAGCUCAAACCUACCUGCUCCAUGGAAGAAAGAUAUGGCUGUCUGCUUCCAUACAACCUUGGAAACUCAAUGGGGCAGUUCUGCUCUGCCCUAUAGGGUCACUAUGAGUCAGAAUUGACUCCCUGGCAGUGGGUUUAGAUUGGUCAGUUCAUUGAGGGGUCAAUCAGCCAGGCUUAUCAAGAGAAUCAUAAAAGCUUUAUAGUGGCACAUCUACUGUCAACCAAAGAUAGUGAGAAGCAUUGUGAUAUAAUGCAGAAAACAUCACUGAAAGGAGAGUCACAGCAUCUUACUAUUUCACCUUGAGCAAAUUACAUAAACCUCUCUGAGCCUCCCUUCCUGCUUAUGUAAAAUGUAAACAAUACUUGCCCUGGCUACCUCACAGGAACGUUGUUGUCAGAACCAGGAGAUAGUGUAUUCGGGAGAUAAUGUGAAAAAGCUUUGAAAAACUAUAAAAGUAUUACAUAAAUAUAAAUGAUGUUAUUAUCUGAUAGAUGUAUGUAGUAAAAGAAAACUAGUAUAUAAAUCAGUAAUUGUUUAUAUUUCUAUUUUUAAAGAUAAUCCUUAAUCCCUGAAUAAUAUUUUCCCUCAAUUUUAAGUAAUUGAAAACACUAAUUGACCCUAGAUCAACCUCAAAUAUAUUUAAAAAUGAACAUUUAAGCUCAUUACGAUUUAUUAUUAGGCUCUAAUAACACACGUUGUUGUUAACAUGCCGUCAAGUCGGUUCCAACUCACAGCAACCCUACGUACCAGAGAAUGAAACACUGCCUGGUCCUGUGCCAUCCUCACAAUCGCUGUUAUUAUUGAGCCCAUUGGUGCAGCCACUGUGUCAAUCCAUCUUGUUAAGGGUCUUCCUCUUGCGCUGACCCUAUACUUUACCAAGCAUGAUGUCCUUCUCCUGGGACUGAUCCCUGCUCACAGCAUGUCCAAAGUCUGUAAGACUCAGACUCAGUCUCCAUCCUUGCUUCUAAGGAGCAUUCUGGUUGUACUUCUUCUAAGACAGAUUUGUUCAUCCUUUUUGGCAGUCCAUGGCAUAUUCAGUAUUUGCCAACACCACAAAUUCAAAGGCAUCAAUUCUUCCUUGGUCUUCCUUAUUUAUUGUCUAGCUUUUGCAUGCAUAUGAUAAGACUGAAAAUACCAUGGCUUGGGUCAGGUGCACCUUAGUUUUCAAGGUGACAUCUCUGCUUUUCAACACUUUAAAGAGGUCCUUUGCAGCAGAUUUGCCCAAUGCAAUGUGUCUUUUGAUUUCUUGACUGCUGCUUCCAUGGGUGUUGAUUGUGGAUCCUAGUAAAAUGAAAUCCUUGACAACUUCAAUAUUUUCACCAUUUAUCAUGAUGUGGUUUAUUGGUCCAGUUGGGACGAUUUUUGUUUUCUUUAUGUUGAGGUACAAUCCAUACUGAAGGCUGUGGUCUUUGAUCUUCAUUAGUAAGUGCUUCAAGUCCUCUUCACUUUCAGCAAGCAAGGUUGUGUCAUCUGCAUAACGCAGGUUGUUAAUGAGUCUUCCUCCAAUCCUGAUGCCCUGUUCUUCAAGUAGUCCAGCUUCUCAGAUUAUUUGCUCAGCAUACAGAUUGAGUAACACACAUAAAAGCUUAUAAUUAACAAUUAUAAAUGGGAACAAGGUCUUGAUUAAUGAAUUUGCAGUUGUUUUUUUCUCUUUAAUCUUCACUUUUGUCUUGGCAUUCUUUUGAUUUAUAAUUUAUAAACACUUAAGGAUCAGUUUUAUAUUGUUACCUGUUUUUCUCAGUGAUCUAAGCAAUGCAGUACUAUAACCUUUUUCUGUUUGAAAAUAGCCAACAUCACAGGCAGGUCUAAUCCAUGACAUUUAAUGGGCUAUCAAGAAUAUAAAUGUCCUUAAAUUCACUCUAUGUUGCAAGUUCUCAGAAACAAGUAACUGCCAGCUACAAGAGCAAUAGCCAUUAUCACAGCUUUGUCUUAUGAACAAUCUUUGUCUUGAGAUGCUUCAAAUGAAUAGUCUGAUUGAAUUGUUUUAUGUUCUUCGGUUUUGGUUGAACAAUGGAUCUAUACAGUUGCUGUUUUUUUCCCCAAAUUCCCCUCUCUGAAGAACCAGAUCUAUCUGUGACACUGAUCACAUUUCUUGCUGCUGACAUUUUUGCUAAACCUAAUCCAUCAUAAGGAUGCUGCCUUAAGAUGCCACACAGCAACUGUCCCUUCUGCCUCUCAGCACUCACCUUCCUGCUCCUGACAACCAACAACCGUGCCAUCUACAAGCUCCUGCUCAGCAAAGUCACCUACCCAGAGGCCAACCUCAUUUACUACCUGUUCAAAGAGAGAAACAGAAGGACAUCCACCAUAAACAAGUACCACACCUAUGACAUGUCCUAAGCUGCCCCUUCCAAAACAUGACACUGGAAACAGCCUUCUGUAGACUAACUGGGUCCCCAAGCUAAAGGCCACUGAAACUUCCCUUCUGUCCUGUGAUUGUCCCCCAAGCAAGCCUACACCCCAUUUACUCCCAACCACAGGGAACUCUGUUCUAAGAUCCACCAUGUUUAUCAAAACCAAACUCGUUGCAAAAAAUAAACAAACCAAACCUAUUGCUCAUAGCAACCCUAUAGGACAGAGUAGAACUGCUCCAUAGGGCUUCGAAGGAGCAGCUGGUGGAUUCAAACUACCAGCCUUUUGGUUAGCAGCCGUGGCUCACUGUAGCACACUCCAUAAGAUCUCCAUUUGAGGGGAACUUGCCCUUUUCUGCAAAAUAAGCCACAUUCCCAGAAGUCACUGAGAAGGGGACAGAGAUUGGUGAUAAGAUCAUCCAACUCAGUCAUUUGAUGUAGGGAAGCUCAGUGUCAGGGAAUGUGCUUAAAGGUAGGAGUGCUGGUUCUACCCCAGCUUUGCCUCUAACAGAGCCCUUCCCAACUCUCGGCCUCAAUUUCUCAUUGGUUCCAUGACAAGGUGGGACUCCACAGUCCCUCCAACUUCAGGAUUGAUUCUCUAUCCCACAAACUGAGGAAAUCAGCAAGACCAGGAGGAGUUACUCUGAGUUAAGUAAGAAAUGGAAGGAUUACACAGACGAGGUGGGAAUAUUUUAAUGUUCUAUGGAAGUUUAUUCCUGGAAGUGUAGAUUUGAGGUUAAGGCUCCAGGUUCACUGAAAAUGCCAAUGUGCCUCAGGAUUAUGGGGUUUAUUAGGGAAGUGACAGGUUACAAUUCAGGAUCAGAAACAACUCAGAAUACAGUUCUUUGAUCAGGACAGCUUCUCUUCAGCCAUGCCUGCAGGGAGGCUUCUCUCUGGCCCUCAGCCUCUCAGCCCCUUGGCCCUUCCUCUGUACUACUUGAGCAAGUGUUACAAAACUCCAGCUCCGCAGAUAAGUGCCUAGAGGCACCCUAUUCCACCAGUAAGCCUCAGCCCAAAGGCGCUCAGCUCUCUUGCUCCAUGGGUUGCGUCAGUGAGCUUAGCUUCGCCAAGUGUCCAGAGGCACCCCCCUCCACCAGCAAACCUCCUGCCCAAAGGCAUUCGGCUUUCUCACUGUGUGCCAGGAAGCCCACUGUGCCAUCUCCUGGUUCUGCUUCCUCUGCUACUGCCAUUUCUCGGCCACUGCUUCUCACAAUCUCCAAUGUUACAGCUCUGUCUCCUGCAUCUAAGAGGUUCUCAGUGCAGGGAUCCUGGGUCCAAAGGAUGUGCUCUUCUCCUAGCUCUCCUUUCUUGGUGGUGGUGAGGGCCCCCUUUCUGCCUCUGGAAUGGCUCAUUUUAAGCCUAGCAGGAUGGCAAAACUGAUCAAUCCCUUUGUUAGGGUUCCAUACACCUUAUUUGCACGAUCCCACAAGGGUGCCAUGUAUCUUAUUUGUGUUAUUACCAAGCUAUCCAAUCCCCUUGAUGGGCCACAAGCACCUUAUUUGCAUAGUCCCACCCAGUCAUCUAGUGGGAGUCAUAAGACCAUGAAGAGAAAGGCCAUAUAAAAGUCACACUACACCAGAUACCAAGAAUUAUUAUAAAGCUAUAGUGAUAAACAUAGUACCAGUGCAAGGACAGACAAGUUGAUCAGUGAAACAGAGAUAGAAACAGACGUUUGUAUAUAUGGAAAUUUGAUCACUGAGAUGAUGGAUACUUGCGGGACACAUUAUAUAAACACGUCAUUUGCCCAUGUCUUAGCAGUCAUCUAGAAAACCACCCAGACGUGGUUUUGAGGUGAGUCUAAAUACACAGUUUAGAAUUCGUUUGCCUGAAGACUCUACAGUAAAUCAAGGGCAGAAGCCUCAUUGCUAGACCUGUCCUUAAUUGUUCCGUAUCUAGUGGGACUGAGUUUGACCAAUUACCUAAUAGCUCAGUUAUACAAAGUACAUCAGAGCCUCGGAUUCUAUGCCUGGAAGAAAAGCAGCAAGACCCUGUAAAACAAGAACAAGUAAAUCAAGAUGUGUGAAAAACUUGCUGUCGUUACCUUCAGAGAACACCAAAUUUCUUUAAAGACUUUGUUCUCACUGUCAUGAGAAACAUUAUUUUGUUAUGGCGUAAAAGGCGUUUUUUCCACCAUACUACCCUGGGUGGUGCAACUGUUUAAGCGCUGGACUAUUAACCAAAAGGUUGGCUGUUCAAACCCACUCAGUGGCACCUUGGAAGUAAAGCCUGGCUACCUGCUUCUGAAAGGUCACAGCCUUGAAAACCCUACGGAGUACAGUUUUACUGUGUACACAUGGGCUCAUCAUGAGUUAGAAUCAACUCAAUAGGAACAACAGCCACACCCAAUACUUGUUAGGUGCCAUCAAGUCAGUCCUGACUCAGCGACCCCAUGUGCAACAGAACAAAACGUUACCUGAUCCUGAACCAUCCUCACAAUCAUUGCUAUACUUGACCUCAUUGCUGGAGCCACUCUUUCAAUCCAUCUUGACGAAGAGGGUUUUCUCUUUUUCAUUGAUUCUCUACGUUAUGCAUGAUGUCCUUCUCCAGGGAUUGGUCCCUCCAAAGUGAGACAAAAGUCUUGCCAUCCUCGCUUCUAAGGAACAUUCUGGCUGUACUUCUCCCAAGACAUAUUUGUUCAUUCUUCUGGAAAUCCAUGGUAUACUCAAUAUUUAAACCUUAAAAAUGAGUAAGGCCAUCUUGCACUAAAGAAUAAACAGCCUGAAAACAGAAAAAAAAAAAAAAAGCCUAUUCUUUAGCCUUACAGUGUCUCAGGUCCUUUCUUCAGGAUUGUGAGGAACAGGUAUGUUAUAUAUUAAAGCACUUAGUAUAGUUUUUGACAUAUAAGAAGUACCACAUAAAGGUAGCUAUUACUAGCGUGUAAUAAUCCUUUACCCAGUCAUUUUUCCAAAGCUUAAAAAUAGUGUGGUGGGGGCAUCUGACCUCCUCUAACUUCACAAGGAUUAAGAAUCACCAUAAACAUCAGCUCAAGGCUGAUUCCUAUGAGGUGGAGGUCAAACAUUACCCUCCACCCUCCAACCUUUUUACCAGUUCUCACACCAGCAGUCCCACUGUUAGCUCUACCUUCAAAAUAAUCAGCAUCCGACAACUUUUCAGGCCUCCACUGUUUCAGAACAUCUGCUGUAAAUACAGCAAUAGCUUCCUAACGAUCUUCCUGCUUCCAUCCUGCCCCUCAGCAGUCUAGGCUUUUAAAAAACACAGAUCAUGUCACCCCUCUGCUCAAAACCUUCCAGUUGUUUGAGGAAUUCCAGGAGAAAAGCCAGAGUCCUGACAAUGGCCUAUAAGGCUUGCUAGACUGUUUCCUCCUGCUCAGCUCCCUCCCUCUGCUCCAACCACAGUUCUUGCUAUUCCUGGUUCUCAACAGACAUCAUUCCACAUCCAGGCAAUUUUUUUCGUGAUUGUUGCAUUGUUCACUCCCUAAUAACCUCAGAUGGCCCCUUCUCAGCGAAGAUUCCCAAAAACCAUAUUCAAGUGUACCAAACCAAACCCACUGCUGUCAAUUCACAGUGACCUAUGAAACAAAGUACAACUGCCCCAUAGGGUUUCCGAGACUGUCAGUGUUUCCAGAAGCAGACUGCCACAUCCUUCUCCCACGGUGUGGCUGUGGGUUCAACACAGUUAGCAGCUGACUGCUUAACUAUUGCGCCACCAGGCCUCCUUCUGUUCAAGCCUUAAGUCCCUGCUUUUUUCUGUGUAGCACUUAUAUCCUAUGCUUUGUGUUUGUCCCAAGGCCAGACAUUUUGUGUACAUUGCUAGCUAUAUCUAAUCCCAACACAUAUGGGUGCUCAAUAUUUAUUGGGUUAAUUAUUAAAUAACUGGCCAAUACACGCUACUGUGGAAUAAAGGCUAGGCAAACUGCUUCCAUAAGUAUCACACCCACGUAAACCUUUUGUACUUUGACAACACACUAAAGCUCCCAAAACCCAAGACAAGACUGAGGAACCAUCACAGAUUUGAGAAUAAGGACAACUAAAUGCAACGUGGCAACCUAGAUCUUGGAACAAAAAAAUGACAUGGAUAAAACCUGAAAAAAUUCUAUAGUUGAUUUAAUAUUGUACCAAGUGUAACUUACUAAUUUUGAUAAAUGUCCUAUGAUCAUAUAAGAUGAAACCCUUAAUUUUCCAGAUCUCUUAAGUCUGACCUAUUAGAGUUUAUCAGUAUGUCAAAACUGAAAUAAAACACUUAAAAAACCCUGUGGAACAGUUUAUCACAUGGGUCACCGUGAGGCAGGGGGCCAACUUCAAAGUGGCCAACCUGACAGCAGCCAACACUUGCCAAGCUCUGGAGGAGCUGGGGGGACAUUGUGGUACCUGCCCAGGAGGAGCAUCUAGUCUGAUGAUAAUUUACAGCUUAUAUUGACAUGGGGUAAUUACAGAGGCCCUGAACCUAACCUUACUGAUAGGAAAGGCCUCCUGAAACAGAUACUCCCUCAGAUGUUGGCAGCUGUUGGUUUGUACCAGUUUUUAAAUAAGAUGGCUUGGGAUAAAUAGGUAAUUUAGUCAGUACAACAUGCCAAACCAGAUUAAUACUUGGAGAAAGCAUGAAAUUUUCAAGUGUAGGUAGUUUCAAGAGCAGAGAAAGCCCCUUUGAAAUGGCUAAACCUACAGCUUUGCAAAUUAGAAAUUAUCUUAAAAGCUGUGAAAUGGCAAAUGAAGGACAGGCACCAACUUUAAUUCUCAACCAGUGCCCAAGUCUGUGAUGCUCCCCUACACACCAGUUGUCUUAAUCUGUCAACUAGACUUUCCAUUUUAAGUAUACCAUUGGGACUUCACAGCACCACUUUAUGUGUAUACUUAUUCAACCGCCCAUACAAUCAAGGUUGCACUGAAGUACAGCAUCUCAAGAAAUGAGAAAGGGUAUAGUCAUUUCUCUGGAUAAAAUGUACUUUCAAGCAGACAUUCUGUGAAGAUUUAUGUAAUAAAUGCUUUUAAUUGGAAGCAACUGCUAUUGGGUCUUAAUGACUUAUCAGUUGGGUAAACAAUUAAGGUACCAAGACCCAAGUGAUACCCACGGAGACCUUUUUCCUACACAGCCCAAUUCAGUAUUGGGUAAUUUCCCUCCCUGAUAUAACUGAAAUAAGCACUCUUCCAGAUGUUUUACAGGAUGUUUUAUUAAAAUUACUCAAUAACAAAAAUAAAAACCAAACCCACUGCUGUCAAGUGAACUCUGACUCAAACAGGUUGCUUGCUCUUAUCCCAUGAGCAUUCCAUCCAUCCAACUGUCUGCAAAAAACAAAAGAUGCCAGUUUUAGUCACACAUCCAGAUUUCAACUUCAUUGCUGUUUGGGGUACACAGAAUAUCAGAUCUUAUCAUCAUCAAGUAAUCAGUAAGAGAGUUCAAGUUGGGGUGGAUCAUCAUGUAUUCUGUCCUAAAACCCAACAAUGCUGACAUCUUCAAGCCUCACCUUUCAAUGGGAAGAUUCAUGGUUGCUGUGGUCACCAUACAUCCUAGAAACAAAAAUUAUUUUAAUUGUGGCAAAAAAAUUUAGUGUGAUGCUUUCAUUAAUAAAGUAACCUCAGAAUUAAAAUGGAACGGUUUUUGAGUGAUAUCAUUCUAUUUCAUUUGGCAGAAUCAUUACAUCACUGGUUACUCUAAUACACACAUAGGCCAUAAAAAUUUCCACAAGGUAUUUAAACUAACCUGCGUUUCUCCAGAUGUGAACUUCAAAUCCUGAAAUUGAAACAGUCCUGAGUAAGACAUUUGUAUGAAAGUCAUUAUGGUCACCCAAGCCCGCUGACAGUUGUUUCUGAUUCACAGCAACACUGCGAGACAGAGCAGAACUGCCUCCAUAGGGUUUCCAUGGAGUGGCUGUUGGCAACCACUGUGCCAUCAAGCCUCUGUAGUAAACCAAAGUCCUGGCUAAAUUUCCCUUACAAAGGUAUAAACCUGAUUGUUUCAGCCAGAUACAUCAGAUAGGAGCGAAAGACGUAAGUGUUGUUCACCACUGUUAAGUCUGCUGAACUAUGUUAUCAUCAUUGUAUCGGCUUUAAUACCCAAUAAAUAUCUGAGACUACUGUACCUUUGGCUCAAAACUCCUUGUUCCAUCCGCUGCAGCAAAAAGCUGACUCUACACACCUGCAGAAAUGUAGUCAAAGUUUAGUAACUGGUAACAAUAAAUAAAUGUCUAAGAUUUUUUUUUGAAAUACUGUUUCAGUUUUAAAAAAUUACUCUUCAUCCUCUUUCAGAGAGAUUCCCAUUAUUUAAAAACAUCAUCAACAGUAUAUUGCCUAAAGAUACACAAAAAUCAAUAAAAUACAUACCUUUUAAAGGUUUCCACAACCUGCACCUGAAAAAAGGGUAUUUCUUUAAAUACACAGCUGUUAAAUCCUAAAACUCGUUUACUUUGCAAUGUCUCCUCCACCAUUUGGCUCAAGAAAAACGCUCCCUCUUCUAUAGGGUCGCUAUAAAUCGGAAUUGACUCAAUGGCAGUGGGUUAGGUUUUUUGUUUUUUUUUUUGGUUUUCCCUUAAAACAGUCAAGACCAGCACAUUUCACAAACAAUGUUAAGAUGCCAGGUGUGAAAUGGCGUAUGUCCUUACCCAAGCAGGUCAUCCACGGAUAAAAAUGUAUACCGCAGCUAAAACAGAAAGAGAUAUUACAUUACAAUGCUAAUCAUCAUUAAAUUCCUCAGAAUUAUUUAGCACACAGGGUUCUUCAGUGUUAAAUUUGUCUACAUGCUCAUUUCAGGUCAGACAUUUGAUUAACAUCAUUGUAAACCCUGUUAAACGCAUGCUCAAAGAGCACUUCAAGUUAACACUCGCUAACCAAACUUUUAAAAACUAUUAAACCAUAAUUAAUAGUUUAAAAAUUAACAGUUUAGUUAAGUGUAAGUCUUGAGCCUGUACUCACCAAGAAAUAAACCUCGUCCAGUCAAGUCGACGACUCAGGUCCUCCUGGCAAAUAAAAAAUGGUUUUUAUAAUAGCUAAAUAUAGUUUUUUUGUUCUAAAAAUGUAACAAAUGCCUGAAAUCAGUUAGAGCUAAUAAUUAAGACCUUCACAUUUAGUCAGUAUUUGCUUAUCAUCAUUCAGGCUUAUAUUUACAGUUAACAGGACAAGUAUCUGACACAAUCAUUUCACGUUAGCAUUGCUUUCAGUGCCAAAAAAAAACUUGUGGGCCAUACUUUGUCAUGUUUGCCAAGUUAUCUAUGUUUAUUUGCAUUAUAACUUUACUUACCUUUUGACUUUCAGCUGUUCAUCAACUCUCUACAAAAAAUGGAAAAAAUGUUUAAUACCGGUAGUUUUUAUUUUAGAAACCCUGGUGGCACAGUGGGUAAGUGCUAACAGAAAGAUCAGUUCAAUCCAACCAGCUGCUCCCUGGAGAAAGAUGUGGCAAUCUACACUUCCGUAAAGAUUUACAACCUUGGAGACCUUAAGGGGCAGUUCCACCAUCUUAUGUGGUCACUGUAUCAACGGGAUGGCAAUGGGUUUGGUUUUGGGUUUUGAUUAUCUUAUUAGCAGUAAAUCAGUUUCACUAAUGCCAGAUACAUCAGACAAGUGAUAAAUCUCUUCAUGCAAUCUGCUGAACUAUGCAGUCAUCACAGUAUCUGUUUCUUCCAGUUUCCCAGCGUUAAACGUAAACCAUUCCAAUGCACUCACCUCCCUUUUACUAAACAACUGAAAUAAUGGGUGAAUAUAAACUACCAAAGGACAUACAAAAAAAGUCUCACCUCUUUGCCCACGGCCAGAGUUUAAGGCUCUUUAAGACCUGGGAAGAAGGGUUUCGUGUUAACACAAGUGUAAUCUCUAUAUCCCCCGAACACCGUUAAGGGUGCCUCAGUUUAUUAGAUAUUGGUGGUAAUAACUCUCAUCACUCUCAAGGUCAAGAGUAGCAAAUAAAACGUCAUCACAGUGGCACUGACUUUCAACCAAAAAAUUACUUUUGUUAUGCAAUUUCACUACCUCACCUUAUCAAUUGUUCUCAUCCUUCGGCACAUUAACUGCAAAACAAAAAUAUUCAAUAUAUUAAAAAAAAAUCCUGUUCGCCCAGAUUACAUCAAUUACUUAAGUACUAAGCCUCAGCACAGAAUUUUUCAGAAAUUUCUUCUGUCCACUACUCUUACACCAUCACAGGCUUGAUACCUCUAGGCAACGUAUUUCUUACUUCCCACAGUACUCCCUCCUAGUUCACUUACCUGACUGGAAGAUCCCAUCAAAGGCAGCAUUGCAUGCGUGACCAGGCCUAUUCCAAGGAAAAAAAUAACGGAUCUUUAAAAAUUUUACCAAGAAUUACCCUUAAAGCUUAUUCCUUAUUUUGGAGUCAUUUAUGCAGGCAAGUUGGGUUCCCCAAAAAUUCCGUUUCACGCUAGUAAAGAAUACAUACGACUCGUUAUAAGGGAGCAGUGCACCAAGGUCAAGAACUACUGAACCUCAUACUGGUGGACUGCAAACAGCCAUUAAGUGAGCCACGCGGACUACCGCAAUCUUCCACCUUUCCGAGGGUGAGCCGCUGAGGCUCAGGCCUCCGAUACAAACUCGAGUUGCCCGGCAUGCACUGCCAUCAGAGAAGUUGGCAUUCAUCAAGUCUCAGAUGUCCCUACCAACACAGGUUUCAUCACAGGAAGGGCACGCGAGCAAAAGGCCUCUCUGCAAACCACCCAACAAACCGAGUAAUUUAGGUCGCACCCAUACCCAAGGCGUAAUCCUGAACCACGCGAAUCUUCGGGAGCCGGCAAAGCUCGCGCCUGGCCUAGAAAAUGGGACCUUAAUUGUUAAGGGCUGGUGACCAAGACUCAGACCAAAAUCCUGUAAGCGACCACCCAAAAACAACUACACCUAC